AUGGACUGGAAUGCAAGACCUCUCCAGAAUGCUAACGCAAAGAGGAACCUGCAGAGUGAAGAAGCAUGUUACACUCAGUUGCUUUCUAAUGCGCAUACUUUUCCACAGACAAAUGCCUGUUUCUCUAAAAAUGCAUCUGUUUAUGCUGGAAAUAGCCAAAUGAUGUAUCUGACAACUAACAAUGUUGCCUUCCCUCUUGUAAAUGCUGAAGGAUUCAAAACUUCAGAUCAGGCCUUACCAGGAGCAUCUGUAGCUGGUAAUGAUUUUUUAAUCUCUAAAUACUCAGUUGAUCGACAUCUACCGUCCUGUGUACCAAAACCUCCCAAUCAGACAUCGCAUUUGCGGGCAGAGGUGACUCAGACUUCUUGGCAAACCUCUAAUGUCUACAUGUAUUCCCCUAGAAAGUUACCUCCCCUGUCGUCUCAAAUGAACGCUGGAAAUAACGUGGGGAAUGCACUUUGGGAACCUCAGUAUGUCACCACAAACAGCUAUACUGUACGGCCACAAAUGCCACAGCAUAAUUCUGUGAGAACUACAAUGUUAUAUCAAAGUAACAUUAAUUCCCAGAAUAGUUCUAUGACUCUUAGUACAUCUGGGCAACAUGUCCAAAACCAAAUAUAUCAUCCCAACACUCAGUUUCCGGUUUUACACUUAAUGAAUCAAAAUACUGAAGCAAAUGUACAGCUGCCACAAUAUCGACCGAGUCAGAUAGGAUCAGAAGUUCCUAGUGGAUGUUCUGUACCGUCUUUGUUACCUGCCAACUGUGAUUCAAGAGCUGCAGCACAAUCUUCAAUAGGCGUACCACAGGCAGUUCAAAAUGUGCCUAAUGGAUACACCCUUAGCCAACAGAGGCGCCCAUCGGAUCCAAAAAAUGCUUCUGGUUUUACCAGUGUUCAGCAGCACUGUCAGAAGCGGCAGUCUGGAGAAGUCAGUCAGUCAGCUAGGAAUGUCUGUAAUUCAGAUGGAAAUGUGACAGCAAAUCAGCCUUUUAAUGAAAAGCCUGUGCCAUCCCCUGGCAUUUCCAAAGAACUGUAUGAUAUUUUGAAAGAAAUGGAAGCUUUUUCUUCAGUGGCUACUUCGAAGCCACUGAAUGAUCCUGCUUCAGUUCAAGAAAGCCAGACUAGUAGUUUAGUGAAUGGGCCUGUAAAUUCUCAAACUUCAGCAGCAGCAGAUGGAAGAACGAUUACAAAGGACAGACUAGCUUGGGAAGCUCGAAGGCUACUUGCUAUUAAAAAAAAAUGUGUCCUCCUUGAAAGGAUGCAUCAUUAUAGAAGAAAACUCUUAGCAGCUUCAGAACACGACAAAAGUGCUCCCUCACGUCCUGCAGGGUAUCAAGAUAAUCUUGCUAAUCAUCUUCCAUGCAUACCCAACCAAAAUGUGCCACCUUCCUCAUCUGAAAUAGCAAGGACAGAGAGCACAAUACUUAACUCUUCACCUGAAGAACGAAGUGACAAAAAUGUAGCCAGUGCUGAUAACAGAGGAUUAGAGGUGACUCAAAGUAACCCCCGGGUGGAACAGGGAAGCCUUUUAUCAAGCUCUGCUCCUGUUCCCCCUCAGAGCACACUCCCAGCUCAACUGAAUAAUCUUGAGAGCACUCCUGUCUUGGAACAAAGGGAUGCGUGUGCCCUGGCCUCUUCUCAAAAAGCUGUGACAACCUGGAACAAUGUGUCAUGUUUUAGUCAAGUGGAUGGCUCUAUCAAAUUUUCAUCAAAGAACGUGCCAGUUAACCCCAAGAACUCGUCGUUUCUUCAUUUUGUAUUGAGCAGCACAAAUAUAUUGAAAGAGAAGACAGCUGGUGCUACUGCUGAUAAAAUACUGACUAAUCUCUUAUGUGGUGAAAAACCGCUGGCAGAUACGUGUGUUUCAGGCGGAAGCUUAUUAAAAGACACUAGUAAGAAGAAUGUAGAAAGUUUGGAAGGUGAGCAGGCAUUUAUGGCUCAUACAAACUCUCCUGUAUCAGAAACGACCAAAUCUGGUGAAGCUAAAUUCCAGAGUGAUGUAGCUCAGAAAAAAACACCAUUUACUGAAAAUACAUCAUUUAAACAGAGCAAUUAUCGUUACUCUGUGGAAGAGCUAACUGCUUGCCUGGGCUUGUGGAGAAAGCACCCGUCGGAACCUGGAAGUGUGCAAAAGAGUCAAUCAAAUGAAAGCGCCACAGCAAAUCAGAUUUCAUCUUACAGCCAAAACACAAAAAAUAAAGAACAAAAUAAUGUUCUGGCUAGUACAGAUGAAGCAGUUUUGCCUAUGACAACUGCUUCUGUAGGACAAAAACUUGAUACACUGAGUUGCAAUUUGAUAAAAAGUUUUGAUCUCCAAGUGGCAGUUGUCUCUCCUUUAGUACUUUCUGAACAGAGAACACACAAUGAGCAGGCAGACAAAUGUCCAACGUCUGCAGGUAAAACCUAUCCAGUGAUUGACUCGGGAAGCACAUGUAACUUGCAAGAAGAGGGGAAAAAUGGUUUAAGUGUGGUAAAUACUGAUAAAGGAAUAACAGAAACUGCUCGGUCCUCACCCAGUGAUUGUGUUCUGGUGCAGAAAGUGGACUCACAUUUGCAACAGACCAAAUUAGCUGAUGGAAACAGUAUAGUAAAAUACAGUGUGAGUGCAAACGAUUCAUAUGAUGAAAACCAAAGGAAAGUUAGUCAAUCUGCACAAGGUGCCAGAGAAAAUCUGCAGCUUGCAUUAGAAAACGAGCCUUCUCUUCCUGAAUUGGACAUAAAUUUUUCUAGUCAAAUCUUUCAGGAAGGUGUAAGAGACAGUAAGGACAAGCAAACUGUGUCAGAGACAGGAGAUACAUCCACAGCUGGAUUGGAAGAACAGAUGUUUUGUAUUUCGAGCGUAUGUUCACUUGUUGAAGGUGAUGCAUUUUAUAAUCCACAAAUAGCAAGUAUCUUCGGGUCAGUCCCUGAAACACGUGCAUUAAGUGAUACCUCAUCAGAAGCAAAUGCAUCUGGCCCAAGGCAAAAGCAGCAACGGCCGGACUUGUAUAAAAAGGAGCGGAGCAAUAGCACUCCCCAAAGAGAGAGCUUGCUGCAAAAAAUGUUGGAAGAACCAUCAGGCUGUAUGAGUAAAGCAGGUAAGAUUUCGGAUGGUUUCACAACUAGUCAUUUGGAGAAAGAAAGCAGUGGCAAUCCUCCUAAAACAAUUCCUACCUCAGAACAAAAGAAGUCACUCAAUGCAUCUUCCAAGCAUCCUGAAAAUGACUUGGAAAUUCUUGCUAGUAUAAACCAGGAGUUAGCUCAAAAUUCAUUAGACUUCUCAAUCAGCGUAACUGCUGAAACAAAUGUGUUCACUGUUCCAAGAGACCACAAUAAACAAAAUUACAUGUCCAGCAAAAAUAGCACAGCAAAAAAGAUUAACCUUUUUGGAGCAGGACCUAUUAAAUGUCUAAACAAUCAGCUCUCUGAACUAGUGAAAGAGUUUCCGUAUGGCAUUGAAGGUGGUGAAAUGCUAUCAAAAGAACCAGCACAAAAUGAUUCUGUAGCUGAGCAGAUGGAGAAUCAGCCUCAAAAAGAGACUCAGAUUUGUAACAAGAAUCCUCAUGUGGAGGACCCAGUAGAUCAGAUAAAAAUUGAAGUGUUAAGCUCUGGUCAGAUGCAAGAACUGUUUCCUGAACACAACUGGUGUCCCUCUAAUGACAGCAAGAGACUAGCGAGUCAACAGUCAGAAAAGGCUUCAGCUGAGAAGAACCUUGAAGGCGGUAUUCAGCCCAGUCAGAGUCUAUGUGAGAAUAAAAAAACCACACCAAAACCCUCAGACCCCAGAAAAAAAGACGAUUGUUCUUCAGUGGAUCAGCUGUCUGUAGUGUGUAAAAUGCCUCUGUGCCUCUCUAAAUUUGGAAUGUCUGGUUCAGAGAAAAAUGAUGAUCAGCUUUCAAAAGCUGAAAAUACUAGCUCUGUAGAGAGACAAGGAGACAACGGUAAAUCUGAUGCUGUAAUGAAGAACGACUGUGCAAUGGAAAACCUGCCAGUUUCAGGAAAAAUCCCAAACAGUGUUAGCAAAAAUAAGGAAGAUAUUUGCAAAGACAUCUCUGUAAUGAAGAAAGCUAGGCUAGAGGUGAAUAAUGAAUGCAAACCACUUACAACACAAGAAAAAAUUGGACCACUUAAUUCCUCUGAAAACCAGGAUAUUGAUCAAUCUAAAAGGAACAGUUGUAAGGAAGAGCUGCAAGCUGACAGAACAACAUCGUUAGGCAAAGAAUUUCAAUCUGACAAAAAAGAACACCAGACAGUCUCAGAAGAGUUGUCAGAGAAAGCUGGUCAUACUGAUACAGACGACAUGACAAAUUCAUCCAGAAAGAAAGAGAAAGUUUUCAAAAUGGAGUCCCUUUUAAAAGAUAAAACAAAACCAGGUUUGGCCAUGAAAUCCAAAACAGACAUUCACAAAUCUGCAAAGUCAGAAACUGUUGAAAUCCAGCAUGCUGAAGUCAAUCAAGGACAAAAAACUAAAACCUGUGAAGAGAACUCUGCUGAAGAACAGAACGGUCAGAAACAAAAGGAGAUACCUGGGCAAGAUGUAGGAAUUAACAUCAAAGAGAGAGACAAAUUAUCAGCAGAAAUAAAACCUAAAAAGCUGAAUAGUUAUCGUGCUGAUGCUGUAAAGCUCCCAAACUUUGGCACUGUAGACUUAAAGUCAAGAAGCCAUACAUACACUCAGCAUAGAUCUCUGAAAGUUCAUCCGUCACAGGAGCAGUCAUACAAACGGAAGAGGAAGGAAAGCACGGUUUGGAAGAGAGACCCUAAGAAAACAAAGGUGGAUGAGGAAAGACUGAAACAAUCUGAACCACAGAAUUCCAAGCAGCUUUCACACAAUUGCAUGAUAAAUGCUGACAAAGCUAAAAAAGGGAAUGGGGAAAAUGGCUGGAAACCAAAGAGUUCAUUAGCAGACUGCUCUGUGCUUAAACUACAGCGAAAAAGGGCUCGAUCUUCUACCAUCUCUAAAAACUACUUUUCUAACAAAGAGAGACAUCUUGAUGGUCAAAACAAAGACAAGUGCUCUGAGAAAAUAUUUCCUGAUAAAAAUCUGUUAUACUUAAAUAGAAGAAAUAACAAACUAAAAUUGCAUCUUCAAAAGGAACCAAAAAAACACUACUUGAACAGAGUUGCAUUUAAACGUACGGCACAGGAACGCAUAUAUCUGACAAAAUUAGAGACAUCACCUGUCAGACCCAUUUGGCAUAUGAAGCCCAAAGUGUCACAAAAUAAGCCAAAUGUAAACAGAGAUGCUUCUGUCUCAGAAGCUGAGAAAUCAUGCAAACUGGAAGUACUUGAAUUUAAGCUGUGUCCAGAGAUACUGUUCAGAAAUCCAACCGCUGGUGAAGAAAGCCUAGCUGCAAAGAAUUCCCUGGAAAGAGAGAAACCCGUUGUGGCAGGUGUAAAGAGUAAAAAAGAAGAUUGGUUAAAAUAUGAUCCAGUGAAGCAAAAAAAGCUGGAGGGGAUCUCUACAGCUGAGGACAGUAUUCCACUUGAUACAGCUAUACAGAUCCUGGAUGGAGAUGGUGAGGCCCUUCACAUGCCAAUCAAAGACUCAAAAGAGAUAUUUCAGGCGUACAGAAAAAUGUAUCUGGAAAAAAAGGUGCAAAAGUCUUGA